GGGACUUGGCUGAGCUAGCCAUUUACCAAUUCUGAACCUAUACAUAGACAACGGGUUAUGCCGAAUGAUGAUACGACCUAGUCACCAUGGCCCGUCCAACGCUAAAGCUUCAUGAGUAAGGUCCUCUGGUGGACAGGGUUUUCUAUGAGUUGAACUUGAAACUUUGACUCUAGAAUUUACUAGACAUGGCAGACAUGGCAAGAUCUAUUAUUGCGCAUAAUUAAGCCAACUUCAACUUAGGCACCGUUGGGUAUGUCGUGUAAAAGCCGAAGCUACACUAGUAUGGGAAAACCCAUGGCGGGCAUGGGACCGUUGUGACGAUCCGAAUAAACAUUGCCACGGCGGCUGCGUUGGGACCAAACCGGUGCUAUCGGCCGGUCCACCACGUAUGCCAUGACGCGACUUCGCCCGGCACUCUUUCGUAAGCUAGGAGAGCAGCCGAACCAUAACCAGUAUGUUCAUAGCAUCAUGUUAUGAGGCUGAGCCAGAAUGCCGGGUCAAUUAAGCUACUGGACACAAUACUACGGUCUAGAAGAUCAUGGGUGGAUUAUAUGUAUUAGUACUCAAAUCCGUUCCCGGGCUUCAUCAUGAGCUUCAAGCUUUCUAGCUCGAGGGAGUUUCAUACCUCAAACCUAACGUUCGCUUUUUUCCCUAUAUACUUUCGUUCUUGAAAGAUGAAGAGAUUUUUGGGCUUAUCGGCGGUCGCCGCUUUGGCGACGGCCUCGAAUACGACGACCUCGUCUAUCUCCGACGUCUGCACAGUGUCUAACGUGCAAGCCGCCCUUCCCGCCAACGGCACUCUUCUUGGAAUCGACCUGAUCCCCUCAGCGGUGACGGCCAGCAUCGUCUACAACGCGACAACUGGUGCUGGCAGCACGGGUGGUUCGACGUCUGCUAGCUCUACCACGUAUACUUAUUGCAAUGUGACGAUCCAAUACACUCACACAGGCAAGAACGACACCGUUGUCGUUAAGUACGCCUUCCCGCAGCCCUCCGACUUCAAGAACAGAUUCUAUGUCGCCGGCGGAGGCGGUUACUCGCUCUCUACCGACGCUACUGGCGGCCUUCCCUACGGAGCCGUCGGCGGUGCUACCGAUGCCGGAUACGACGCGUUCAGCAACAGCUACGACGAGGUAGCCCUGUACGGCAAUGGUUCGAUCAACUGGGACGCGACAUACAUGUUCGCAUACCAGGCCCUAGGCGAGAUGACCCAAGUCGGCAAGCCGCUGACGCGGGCCUUCUACGGCCUAGCAGACAGCACCAAGGUGUACACCUACUUCGAGGGGUGCUCGGACGGCGGGCGCGAGGGCAUGUCGCAGGUGCAGCGGUUCGGGGCCGAGUACGACGGCGCGGUGACCGGCGCGCCCGCCUUCCGGUACGCGCACCAGCAGGUCCUGCACGUCUUCUCGUCCGCCGUUGAGCACACGCUCGGCUACCUGCCGCCGCCGUGCGAGCUCGACAAGAUCGUCAACGCCACCAUCGCCGCCUGCGACCCGCUCGACGGGCGCACCGACGGCGUCGUCUCCCGCACGGACCUGUGCAUGCUGAACUUCAACCUGUCUUCCAUCGUCGGCGAGUCUUAUUAUUGCGCUGCCGAAAACAGCACCUCCCUCGGCUUCGGCUUCGACAAGAAGAAGCGGUCAACCACCCUGCACCCCAUGAACAUGCGCACCCACAAGCGCCAGGCCCAGGGCAGCACCACCAGCUACCAGCCGGCGCAGAACGGCACCGUGACUGCCGAGGGUGUGGCAGUUGCCCAGGCCAUCUACGACGGCCUGCACAACAGCGCCGGCGAGCGCGCCUACCUCUCGUGGCAGAUCGCGUCGCAGCUCGGCGACGCCGCCACGACCUACAACAGCGACACCGGAGCCUGGGAGCUGAACAUCCCCAGCACGGGCGGCGAGUACGUAGCCAAGUUCAUCGAGCUCCUGGACCUCGACAACCUCUCCACCAUGGACGGCGUCACCUACGACACGCUCGUCAACUGGACGAACAUCGGCUUCGUGCGGUACCUCGACAGCUUGCAGACCACGCUGCCGGACCUAACGCCCUUCCAAUCCUCGGGCGGCAAGCUUCUGCACUACCACGGCGAAUCGGACAGCUCCGUGCCGGCGGCCUCGUCGGUGCACUACCACCAGUCCGUGCGCUCGACCAUGUACGGCAACCUGACGGACGCGGAGGCGCAGGCCGCGAUGGCCGACUGGUACCAGUUCUACCUCAUCCCCGGCGCGGGCCACUGCGGCGCCAACUCGCUGCAGCCGGGCCCUUACCCGCAGAACAACAUGCAGAUCAUGAUCGACUGGGUCGAGAACGGCGUGCGGCCGACGCGCCUCAACGCUACUGUGGCUUCUGGCGCGAACGAGGGCGAGACGCAGAUGCUGUGCCAGUGGCCCGAGCGGCCGCUGUGGUCUGGAAAUACGACUGAUUUCGAUUGUGUUACCGACCAGGCUUCGAUCGAUAGCUGGACGUACACUUUCCCGGCUUUCAAGAUGCCUGUUUACUAGACAACCCUAAAGAGGAUUCUGUUGGUUUUGGUAUAGGAACUGCGGUGAGCUUUAUACUCGCUAGCAGUAAAACUAGGGGAACAAAAAUGAACAUAGCGUUUUUCUAGUGUGAAUUCGUUUGCUAGCAACGAGAGCUAGUUAAAUCAUUACAGUCCCCCAAGUUAUCUCUGAGACUUCUAAGUUGAUGGGAUUUGUAAUGUUUGAACGGCUUGACCACAUAGUUCGGAACUCCGGUGAUGAAUAUGCCAAACAGUCCGCUUACUACCUUUUCAUGUAAGCGAUAAUACUAUUCUUUUUGGUCAAAUAAGUAGUGGAGUGGAAGAGUAUAAAUC